CGCCGAUGCUCCAUAUAAAGCGUCAACACCAGAGGUAAAAGAACCGGCAUCGCUCCAUCAUCCAGAUCACCCGCAUCUCACCAGUGAACCCCAUUCCACCCCGCCAGCUACACAGUUAGCACAGAAACCAAAUGUCCAACUACUCCCGUCCACCCAACCCCGCCGAGUACGGUGGCGGCGGCUCUAGCGGUGCAAACUACUACGAUCCCCGCGCAGACUUCUCCUCCCAGUCCCAGCCAUACCAGCAGCAAUCGCAGUACCAGGGCGGGUCCGGCGGCUACAACUACGACCCAGCCUUCAGCAACGCCGUCAAGCAGGCCAAAUACCACAACUCCGGGCGCGAGGACGACGACGAGGAUGACGAGGAGUCCGGAUUCUUCAAGAAAGCUCUAAGCUUCAUCAGCGAGCACAAGGAUCGGUUUGGCCAGGAGGAUAUUGACGAGCAGCAGGUGGUGGGUGCUCAUCAGGCGCUGUAUGGUGGAGGACAGCAGCAGCAGCAGCAGCAGCAGGCUGAGAGGAAGCAUGAUGCGGAUUUCUUGGGCAAUGGCGCAGCGCUGCAGGCGUUGAAGAUGUUUACCAGCGGCGAAGGACAGCAGUCGCAGACCGGUGGUCAUGAUCAGAAUAAGUUGAUUGGGCUGGCGAUGGCUCAGGCUGGAAAGCUGUGGGAUCAGCAGAAUCAGCAGGGGAACGUGGCUACCGAUAAGCAGUCCGUCAUCAACUCAGCCGCCAAAAUGGCGCUGAAGAUGUACCUGAAGAACCAAGCUGGUGGCGGAGGAGGCGCCCUUGGAGGCCUUGGAGGACUGGGAGGCCUGGCCAGCGGCGUCAGCGGCGGCGGACAGUCAGGCGGUUCUGGACUGCUCGGCUUGGCGAAGAAGUUCCUCUGAAGCGAGGGAGCUACAGCUAUUUUUCUUCUGCUCUGUGUUUUUUUACGUAUCGAAUCGGCUUAGGGGAGCCGUAGGCAA